CCUCGAGUCUGACCCAUAAUAACUCCCGCAUUCAACAAAGACAUCACCAAACGAAGUUGCAAACAAUGAAGUUCCAUUCCACCAUCCUCCAGGCCCUCAACCACCAUGCCACAGUGACACCUGACAAGGUCGUCUUUACUUGGGUUGACAUCAAGUGCGAGGAGCAGAACAAGCUGACGUUCCAGCAGCUACAGGAUGCAUCCAAUGCCGUUGCGACUCGUCUCCUCAAGCUCGGAUGCCAAAGGGGCGAUCGUGUCAUGGUGGCAUACCCCUUCGGCCUCGAGUUCUUGGCUGGCAUGUUCGGUGCUAUGAAAAUCGGAGUCAUCCCCUGCUCCAUCUACCCACCCAAUCCCAACCAGCUCAAGACGGAUAUGCCCAAGUUCCGUGGAUUUGCCAAGGAUGCCGGAGCCAAGUAUGCUCUCAGUACUUCUGCUUUUGCUACUGCCAUGACUGCAGUCAGUGUCCUCUACAAGACUGGUGUUACGUGGAUUGGAACCGAUAAACUACCAGUCAAGAAAAGCAACCCCAAAAAGCCAAAAGGAUUCGAGACCUACAAUAGCGAGCCUGAUGAUAUCUGCUUCAUCCAGUACACUUCUGGUAGUACGGGCCGACCUAAAGGAGUCAUGAUCAGCCACCAUAACCUGGUAGAAAAUUGCAGGGCUGUUGGCAGUAUGUCCGAUGUAGAUUCUUCCACUGUGGCGGCCCUGUGGGUUCCACAAUACCAUGAUAUGGGCCUUGUUGCUGGAUUCAUGUCUUCCCUCUACACUGGUAUUCAUCUUGUCAUGGCAUCACCUCUGGAUUUUGUUGCCAAUCCACUGCUUUGGACUGACAUGGUGGAGAAAUACCAGGCAAAUCUUACAUGUGCCCCAAACUUUGCCUACGCCUUGCUCCUCAAACGGUUAAAACAGGCCAACCGAAAAGCCAACUGGAGUUGUGUAAAGCGUGCCAUGUUUGGCGGUGAACCCGCCCAGAGCCACGUUGUGGAUGCAUCAGUAAAGACCCUUUCCAUCAAGCCUGAAAAUGUCUACAACAUCUAUGGUCUCACUGAGUCUGUGGUGUUCCUCACAGGUGGCUCUGCCUACCCUGACUCUGAGGGGCUUGUCUGCUGUGGUGCUGUGGACUCCCCAUCCGUGAAGCUAAGAAUUGUUGAGGAUGGAAAAGAGGUUCAAGAAGGACAGGUUGGAAGCAUCUGGGCCCAGUCUCCCCGUGUGGCUGCUGGGUACUAUGGCCAGUCUGAGUUAACCACCUCUACCUUUGCCAAUUCAUUGCCUGGCUAUGAUGGCACCUGGCUUGACACUGGUGAUUUGGGAAAGAUUGUUGAUGGGCAGCUGUACAUCACUGGCAGAAUGAAAGAUGUCAUCAUCAUCAAUGGAAAGAACUACUAUCCAAGUGAUGUGGAGCUCUUUAUUGAUGAAACUUUUGGAGAUGUGAUCCGCUCAGGAAGAACCAGUGCUUUCCAGCAUGGAGAUGCAAGUGUUGGUAUCACAGUGGAGGGCCGCAAGGGGUUCGACAAGUCAGGAAAUCAAGACUUGGCUGUCCAGAUAGCCAACCAUGUAUCUCAGGUGCAUGGGCUGUUUGCCUCUGAGGUUAUUGUCCUCAAGCUUGGCGUGACACCCAAGACCACCUCUGGGAAGCUGAAGAGGAGUGAGAUUAGGAAGACUACAAUUGCUGGUGUUUGGAAGGAAGCUUCUAUACUCCUUCAUUUCCAGCGGAAGGAAGUUGCUGCCCCCCUUGCUUCUCGAAAGAGAUCUUCCUUUCUUGAGAACUCUUUUGCAAAUCAAGGUAUUGCCAGUAGCGAGUUCUAUUUGGCUGAAGAAACUCAACGCAAAAUCAAGCGUAGGUCAAUGAGUUCGUUUGACUUCAAAUCAAUGAGAAACAUGAUUGACAGCAGUAUUGAAGAACCUUAUCUCAUUGAGGAAGACGAUGAAAAACAGCUCCAUGUUGCUGUUGUGGGAGCUGGGGCUGCCGGUCUCAUUGCUGCGCUCAGAUUGGCUCAACGAAAAAUCAAAGUCACACUGCUGGAACGGAAUGAGAAUAUUGGUGGACAUGCUAGACACGUGGAAGUUUUUGGGCAUGAACGCAAUCCGGCUUUCGGAGUUUUUGUUGCACAAGAGUCGCCAAACCUAAUGAAACUGACAGAGGAGCUUGGGGUGACACCAAUUCAUCUUGGCGAGUCAAGGCAAGCACGAGGUUUGGUUUCUCAAAAGUCUCAGCCUAUUCCUGAGGUUCCAGAAUCAGAAAUCGGCCGCUUCAUUGCUCAGAUGCAACGCAUUCACAAGGCUGGUUCUGGUCAGAAUGAGACAAUUGGACAAUUCCUUGACCAGAAUGGAUAUGAUCAGCACUUCAUUGUGUACUUUUAUGUUGGCAGAAUUGUCAGCUUUUUUGCUGGGCAGUCCAUUCAAGACUACCUCAACAUUCCAUUGGAGCUGGUUGCUUGGUUUGUUAUAAUUGUUUUUGUCAAGAACAGGGCCCUCCUUCGCAUGAGCAACAGAGAAUACAUGGAGGCUUUCUGGGCACAGUUGCACAACCUUGGUGUUGAAAUCAAGACAAAUGUGGCCACCAAGGUAGCCAGCCGUGAUGAUUCUGGAGUCACACUUUGCACAGGCCCCUGUGGUAACGAAGAUUUUCUGAAGGUUGACAAGCUGGUGUUGGCAGUUCCACCAAAUGCAGCUGCCCAUGUUCUUGAAGAUUCCAUGUCACCACAUGAAACUGUUCUGACUGAGUUUAAAUGCCCCCUGGAGACAGUUGUGAUGCACACAGAUUCAAAAUGGAUUGACAACAAGAAACCAUGCGUUCUGUUUGCCAAUAUCCUGGAUUGCGGCAAAUCAAGUUUACCUGCAGCUUCUGACACCAUCCCUUUGACGACAUCAUUCCCAAGUGACACAGAUGGCAAAACACCAAUUUAUGUUACACAUGCCUAUAACACAUAUGAAGAGCUUGAGUUUGAUUCGCCAGUGGAGAAAAUGUCAUUCACUCAUACCAGAAUAACAUGCAAGGCCAUUGAGCUCCGAAACUCUUUGUUGCAGCACCAAGGGAAUCGAUCUACCUAUUUUGCUGGUGGAUGGACACGAGGGACAAUGCUACAUGAGGACGCCAUUGUUAGUGGAAUCCUGGCAUCCAACUCUGUGCUACAGGACGUUGGCAUGAAGCCACACCCUGUGCUUGAGCGAGAGACGAUUGUUCCAUCAAAUAUCUUGAGUGAACUUGGAGUAGCUGAUCACGGACAGUCAGACAUGCAAGCACCCACAAGCGAUAACUUUUCAAGCAGAUACUCCGAUAUAAUUAUGUCUGUUUUUGGAUCAGAGGUCGACUCAUCCAAGACAUGGACAGAGAAUGGGCUCACAUCUCUAAAGAGUGCAGAGCUGAGGAACAUGGUUGAGGAACAGUUGGGUGUGGUCCUUCCAGCAAACUUUGAACAGCUCUACCCUUCACCAAGUGAGCUUUCAGUCUUCUUGAAAGCAUCAGAGAGCAAAAGAUUCCCCAAGCAAGACAUGUGCAAUCACCCGGACUUCCUUUGGAGCUCAAAAAUAUCAAACCUCAGCAAGCUACAGCUAGGAGCAAUCCAAACUCUUGGAUAUGUUGUGAUUCUUAUCUUGCUCUUGGGCUCAUUGGUUCCAUCCAUCUUCCUUAUUUCCUGGGUGAUGAACCAAUGUGGCUCAUCCAAAGGUGGAGGCUGUAAUGAUCCAAUCUCAUGGGCCUUCUUGCCCAUAGCUUUCCCCCUAUUCCUACUGUCACUGUCAGCGAUGGUCGUAAUCUGCAAGGUUACUGUAGUGGGGAAAUACAGGCAUCAACAGUUUGAUCUCUUAUCUUGGGACUAUGUUCGCUGGUGGUUUGUGGACAGGCUCAUUGAUCUUUGGGAAGCUAUUGUGGGACAAUUUUUUGUGGAGACCAAGUACAUUUGGAUCUUCUAUAGGCUUCUAGGGGCAGAUCUGGCAUGGUCUUCCAAGAUUGAAGCCUAUUUUCGUGAGUUUGACCUCGUGACAGUUGGCGACAAUACUGUCAUUGGCCACCCAAUGAAGUGUCGAAAGUUCUCUCAAACAUUGGAUGCAGAUCCAAAGUUGACCUUCCGACCAAUUACGAUCGGAAAGGACUGCACAAUCUCUGGUAUGGUCAGCCCUGGAGCCAAGAUUGGAGAUGGAAGCAAGGUGGAGAAACUCUCUGUUGUGGAUGAGGGUGCUAUGGUCCCACAUGAUGUGCUUGCCAAAGGAAACCCAGCAUGUCAUGCAGGCUCAUUUGAGCACACCAAAUCAAAGAGUUCCGAAGCGUCCAUGGUGGAUGGGUUCAAGAUUCUUUGGACAACGCUCGAAGCAUACCACUUCUUCGCACUCUCCUUCUUGGUUCAUACCACACUCAACAUAAUAUUACCAUCAUGGCGAUAUGGGGGCAUUCUUCAUUGGAUCUUGCUGCUUCCAAUGACAUCCUUUCUUGCCCUCAUGACAAGCAUUGCCCUCAAAUGGCUCUUGAUUGGCAAAAGAGAUCCAGCGGAUGAAUAUGAGGGGUCUCUCUGGCGCCGAGCAACCAAUUGGGCAUGUGACUUCCACUUCCGCACAGCAUGUUGGUCGUUUAUUCCCUUUUUUGGGCAAUCAAGAAUAUGGAACAUCAUUCUUUUCCUCCAUGGCCUUGAUGUUGACAUGGUGUCAACUCUGAGUGGUCCAUACUUUGUCUUCCUACCUUCAAAAGUUGAUUUUGUAAAGAUCCGAGCAUCAUUUGUUGCCACCAUGUCACUCGACUUCAGCAAACAAGGGAAAUCCAAGAUUGAGAUCAUCAGUAGCAGCAUUGGCUAUGGUGCCAAUCUACAUGCAGGAGUCAAGAUAAUUCAAUCCACAAUCCCACCAAGGUCUAAUGUGUCUGACAGUAUCUAUGACUUGAACCAAGUAGGAAAGUUUCCAAAGAAGCCACCCAUGCUGCAAGAAGAAGUGGCUCUUCAGCUUAUGAAUGUGGUCGUUUUUGCAUCUAUCAUACCUUCCUACGAGAUUGGUCUGGCAGCUACAACAAGCUCUUCCCCAGUUAUUGUGGCAUUUGGCUUGGCUCUUGCGGUUCUGUUGCAAUUGGCCAUAUGGAUUCUUUCUACCAGGAUUGCGGAGUUUAUUUUGAUCCAUCUCCCAACCCAAGCCCAACAAGAUCUUUACGGAGUUUACCUCACUCAUGUCUGGUACUUUCGUGUGGGAAACUGGCUGGAGAUGCUUCUUUACGGAACCCCAAUGUUUGGUUACUAUGCACGAUUCAUGGGAGCAGAUGUUGAAGGAGACCUCUGGUACUUUGGCAAUGCUAUCUAUGAGUUCAGUUGCUUGCAUUUCAAAGGAAGAACAAUUGUGGACAGCUCCCAUGUGAGCGGACAUUAUCUCGACCUCAAUGGACUUACGCUUAGCGACACCUAUGUAUCAGGAUUGAUGCACCCCGGAUGCUAUGCCCGAGCGGGGUCUGAAGUCACUGAAAAAGAGAAUGGUCCCUGGAAAGUAUUCUUGAGAAGCGAUUUGGGAAUGCAGGAUUCGAAACCUGUUCUGAAAACACCCCAGGGUAGCAUGGAUCUACUUACUGACAGUCACCAGGAUAACCUCACGGAUGAUUUGCCCAUGGAGCUUGAAGUGUAGUUCAUCUGUCAUAAGGUUCAAUUACAAGACACAUCAAAUGGCUAUGUACUUUCGUGAUAAACAGCU